ACCACCGACUGACUGACCGACUUAGACCUGAGAAGAUCAUCCGAUUCUGGAGACUAGAGCAGAUGGUGUCCACCGCUCUCUGACGGGGAAAUGGAAUCACAUUGUUGUUGUGAGGACCACAAGGACCCUGCGGAGAGAGAGGUGAGAGACAAUACAUCUGAGCUCAGAUUUGAGGAAGGAAGGGAGGACCAACUGGGUAGACCCAAGAGGGAUGGAGAUGAGAGCCCUGCAGGAGACAUCACAUUGGAGAAUUUCAAGAGCACCGCUUGUCCAGAAGGAAGAGGAGCAGAGACUCGAUGGCAAAGACGUGGGCAAUUGAAGAAGACUAACAGUUGGAAGAUGGUGCGCUUCCAGGAACCAUCUUUAGAGGAGGACGUAGCAGAGAGGGACAGCUCGGCAGAGAGUCUUUUUCCGGAAUACGUUGUGGAGGAGUGGACCACUAUCUCCUUUGAGCAGCUGUUCCUCAAAGAAGACUGGCAGCACUUAACAGAUGACCGACUGGUGAGGAAGAAGGUUCUGGAGCCCGCCGGCCCCUCGGCCCCUCGGCCCAUCUGGGGCCAGCAGGUCACGGUGAAGAUGCAAGCCGUCUUGGAAGACCGCACCGUGGUGGAGAAGGACGCCAAGCUUUCGUUUAUUAUCGGCGAAGGCGACGUGAGCCAGGCGCUGGAGGAGUGCGUCCUAUCCAUGUGCAAGGGCGAAAUCGCAUUACUGCUGGCCGAUUCCCAGUACACGUACGGGCUACUGGGCAGAGAGCCCGACAUCCCCGCCUGCGCUGCCAUGCUCUACCAGCUGCAGCUGCUGGACGUCAGGGACAAAGCGAAUCUGCUAAAUUUGCCGCUAUCUGACCGCAUCCGUCUCGGCAACCACAAGCGGGAAAGAGGCAACUUCUAUUUCCAGAGGGACGAGUACGGCAAGGCGGCGCGAGCCUACUGCAUGGCGCUGGACGUGCUCACCACCUGCGGCCAGGAUGCCGUCGGCGGCGCCAAGGAGGAAGCGAAGGAGGAAGCGCAGGAAGUGCGCGACUACCGGGUCAAGUGUUUGAACAACCUGGCCACGGCACAGCUCAAACUGGAGAAGUGCAACGAGGCGCUCCAUGCCAGCCGCGACGUCCUGGCCCUCGACCCCGACAACGUCAAGGCCCUCUACAGGGCGGGGAAGAUCCUGUCCGACCUGGGUGACUACGCGGAGGCCAUGGAGCUGCUCAAGAAGGCCCUGAAGCUGGAGCCCGCCACCAAGGCUAUCCACGCUGAACUUUCCAAGCUGGUGAGGAGGCAGCCCGCAGCGGUGCUCUGCGACAACGGGGCCCCUUUUCUCCUCCUCCCCUCCAAGCAGACAACAUUGAACAUCUCGUGGAAGUUGAUCCUCGCGGCUCUGGCGGUGGCAUUGGCCAGCUUAGUGACGUCAGUCAUCCUCACUGUGAGAACUUGAGCGCCACCUCAUCGGCGGGCGACCCUCAUGUUCACUCCAGUUUACAGUGCGCCAUUGAGUACUACAUACUGUGGCCUAUCUCCAUUUUUAUCAUGAAGGUCACUAAUACAAAGACAAAAGGCUUGCCUGCUGCUCUUCAGAUGAAUACGAGUCAUCAGGGGUCUCAAACCCCAGUCCUCGGGGGCCGCAUUCCUCCAUGUUUCCCUUAUUAAACACACCUGAUUCAAAUGAUCAGUUCAUCCUCACGUUCUGUAGAAGCUUGAUAAUUUUAUCAGGAAUGCGGCCCCCGAGGACUAGAGUUUGAAACCCCUGGUCUAAAUCAAGGUUGAGUUCCAUUUUUUGUGGGGGUUUUUUUUGCAUUCCACAUUUUUUGCAUUCUGUAGUCAGAAGCAAGUUUGUACAUUGGGAGCGAUUCUUCUCGAAACAUUUGAAACCCUACUCCUAAUAUGAAUGCCCUACCUUUAUUUGUAACCCUGCUCCAAAAUAACUAUU